AUGGCAACAAAUAUAAUAAACGAUGGAGAAAUUACAUCAGAAAAUAAUGAUAAAAUUGAAAGUUCAUCACCACCAAAAGAUGAAAAUAAUAUUAAUGUUAGUGAUACUCCAUUUCAUUUACUUGAAGGUCGUUGGACAUUUUGGUAUACACAUCGACCAACAACAUUUCGUAAUAGUUCAAUUAAUUAUGAUUCAUGUUUAAAAAAACUUGGUACAUUCGGUUCAGUAGAAGAAUUUUGGUGCUAUUAUGAUCAUAUGAAAUUUCCAUCCGAACUUCCAUUAUAUAGUGACGUACAUUUAUUUAAAGAAAAUUUAAAACCUAUGUGGGAAGAAGAAGGUAAUCGUCUUGGUGGUAAAUGGAUAUUACGUUUAAAAAAAGGUUUAUCAACACGUUUAUGGGAAUUACUUGUUUUGGCUGUUAUUGGUGAACAAUUUAAUGUUGGUAAAGAAAUAUGUGGAAUUGUAUGUUCAAUACGUCCACAAGAAGAUCUUAUUAGUAUAUGGACAAAAACUGCAAAUAAUCAAUUAAUUACACAACGAAUUAAAGAAACAAUGAAAAAAGUACUUAAUUUACCACAAGAAUGUCCACUUGAAUACAAAACACAUAAUGAUUCUUUACGUGACAAUUGUAGUUAUCGCAAUACAGAUCGCAUGACAAAAUCUUUUGAAUCUCCAAAAUUAAUAUGGUGGAUUAUUAUUCCUAUAUGUAUUAUCUAUUUAUUUCUUAUGGUUCAUUGGCCAUAUAUUAUACCAUUGAAAUCUUUAGGUUCAUUUGGUGAUUUAUCAUAUUAUUUAAUAUCAAAUUAUCGUUUUCUACUUUUUCUUAUUCUAUGGUCUACUUUUAUUGCACAUUUUUAUGAAACAUUAAUUGCACGUCGAAUUUGUCGACAACUUAAUAUUGAUCAAGAAUUAACUUAUUUAUGGAUGGUACAAACAUUUAUUUUAGGAUUUCCUUCAUUGACUAUACUUCAACGGUAUAAACGUCAAGCAUUAUGGUAG